UUUCCGGUAUUGCUUGGCACCCCGAUACUCAAGAUACGUAUAUUUGCUGUCUGGGAUAAUGAGAUGUACAGACAAAUUGUGAGACAUUUUACAGUUGUCACUAACGUUCGACUGCUGACGCCGAAAUCGGGAUUUUCUGCAAAAUUAAUGGCAACGUGUGCAAAUUGUCACAGCAAGACAGCAUGUCAGUCACAUGUACACUGCAUGGGGGAAGAAAAUCAUAAAACAAUGGCAUUAGCAAAUGAACCCGUUCAAAGUCUUUCCCCAAAGAAGUUAUCAGCUGCAGAACAAUUUUAUCGCAGGCCUUUACCUGAAACCUGUAUAUCGUUUGCUUCAGAGGAGGGGAAGAAAAUUUUUAUGGAAGCCUUGUCCUCGGGUUACAUGAACUGCUACUUUCGACUUGCAUCACAGUUUCGAACACAAGAUGAACCUGCAUACUGCGGGCUGGCUACCCUCGUUAUGGCACUAAAUGCACUGGAGAUCGACCCAGGCCGUGUGUGGAAAGGACCGUGGAAAUGGUACCAUGAAGACAUGCUAGACUGUUGCAUUUCGACAGAGCUGGUGCGAGUACAAGGCAUCACAUUUGAUCAGUUUAUUUGUCUGGCAAACUGUAAUUCACUGGAUACUGAUUGCGUAAGGUGUGAUGACUCAACAAAUGAGAAAGCCUUCCGAGAUGCUGUACAAACCAUGACACAGAGAGAAGAUGCAUUUCUCAUUGUCUCCUAUUCACGACGUGUGUUGAGUCAAACAGGGGAUGGACACUUUGCUCCAGUGUCUGGUUAUCAUCCUGGCAGGGACCUGGUUUUGAUUCUGGACACAGCAAGAUUCAAGUACCCUCCACAUUGGGUUCCACUAACACUUCUUUUUCAAUCAAUGCAGGCAUUGGACAAAGAAACUGGAUUGCAACGAGGCUACAUAAGGGUAUGGCCAGCAAAAGAUGCAAAGUCCUUACUUCUCUUCAGAGUCUCAGAAGGACUUAGUGUCAACUCCAGCAGCGAUGCUGUACAGAAUAUCCAAUAUUUUCUCUCUAUGUGGAUCCAGCUCUUGACACAAUCCUUUCAGCAACCAGAGGGCUUCACCCUUGAUUCAGCUUUGACAAAAGCAAUAGAGGGCAUGUUGAAGUUUGCAUGCACUCUUUCCCAAGAGAACCUCAUCUUAACCACUCAACAACACAUCACAUGCAACAAGUCAGGUCGUGUGCAGUGCAUCAUUGAGAAUUUGCUGGCUGAGCUGGAGAAGACACCAUUGUUUACUUCACUCAACAACAUUGUCAGUAUGCUAUCCAAGUCAGAUGUUCAGAAACUGGAAAAUAUCUUUGGAGUUUGGCAUAGCACAGUGGUUGACCCACAGAAGCCCUCAGUUGACAAUGGGCGGAUGACCGUAUGCAGUUUGGAGGGCUGUGAUUUGACGAACCUAGUGUGUUUGUCCCAUUUGAUGGCCAUCUUCUUGUUGUCCUGGCCAUAUACAUUGCAGCAUGGAAAAGUUGCUGGUAAUCUGGGAGGAGUACUGCACUCUUUGGUUCAGCAAACACUGUUUAGUUUUCAUGGAAAAUACCUCUUUGAUGAGGUUAGUACUCUUCGCCGGCAAAUGACAAAGCUUAUGGGAUUCCAUGCACCAUCUCUGUCUGGAUCAGUUAAAGUUAUAUGUGAUAGAAUUAAGGUAUAGACUUAGACUUUUCUCCAUUUUUAUUUCAAGCAACUCUAUUUUUGUCUCCUGUUGCCAAGAUCAAAGUCUUUUAAGUUUUUUUUUUUAACAUAUGUGAAUUUCAAAGGAAAACAGGGGAGAGAAUGUGCUGUGAUAUUAUGUGGUGUCAAAAAGCACUUUCUCAGAAUUAUGUACAGAACUGUACCAAGUGAAAUAACUUAAAUAAGUAGAGAUGAUUCUGUAAUCAACAUUUAUGUAUCAGAACAAAGGAUUGCAUAACUGUGACUGUACUUGGAUUGUAUGCAUUCAUGCUGUUUUUGUAUAUUUUUCUUCUGUGUAUUAUGGUAUAAAAAUGCUGUGUUGAUUUCAAGAAACUCCAAAAAAGUUAAUUUAUAUUGAUACAAAGAGAACUACAUUUAUUGGAGAAAAAGAACUUGGUCUUUGGUUCCGCCCACCACCUACCAUUUCUCCUCAAACAAUUUUCUCCAAGGAUUGUAAACUUUUUCCUUUGUGGUGACCAGAAUUUUUCUUGAUGUUAAUGUUCCUACACUUAUUUAUUAUUUAUAUAUGUUUACUACAUAUAUGUGUGUAUAUAUCCACACAAAAUGCACUCUGUGUGCUUGCAUUAGUCAUAUAUUCUGGUCACCCUUUUUCUGAAAGCUCUGAUAUCGCACAUUUGUAACCUAGUUUGAAAAUGGACAACAUUGCCAAAAAAGUAUUCCUUUUUUUUUUUUCCCAAGUCAUUGAAAUGGGAUAUAUAUAUUUCUUAAUUCUAUAUUUUUUAAUUCAAUUUUGCAGAUGUCUCGAAGGAUUUAGGAAAUCAUGUUAAAUGGAGGAUGAGGAUAUUUAUUAUACCUGGUCUUUUUCAAGUAUGAAAUAGCAGAAAGUUGGCUGUUGAAAAUUGUUUUUGUUAGAUCUGAAACUCUUAUAAUACUUCUACUACUUGUUCCUAGUCACCCCCAGUGGAGCAUAGGGCCACAACUACAUCACACCAUUGGAUCCAGUUUGGGCACCCCUUUUUAGUUGGGACCAUGUCAUGCCAGCUGCCUCCGCCUCGUUGGGGACUGAUCUCCAUGUCUGUCUGGGUCUACCCUGUGGGCUCCAGCCCAGAGCUUAUCACGCUAAAUUGUCUGCUGGCUUUCACAAGGUGUGACCGAUCCAGGCCCAGUUCCGCUUCUUGAUGUCUUGGCUGCCUGGUGUUUGGUUGGUUUUCUCCCACAGGUCUGCAUUGGAGAUGUUAUCAGGCCAUCUGAUGUUGAGGAUGUGGUGCAGACAAUUGCUGACGAAUGUCUAAAUCUUGUUAGUGGUGGUGUUUGUCACACAUCAUGUCUCAGAUCCAUAUAGAAGGACUGACUUUACGUUUGCAUAUCUUUGUGUGUAGAGAUAAUGUCUUAGCGUUCCAGAUAGGAUACUACUACUGCAAAUGUAAUUAAAUUAUGCAUUUUAAAUGUUUUGGGUCUUUUGUGUGUUUGAACACAUUAUUCUGUAAUACUGUUUAUGUGUUUUGUGCAGAAUGUACUCGACUUCUUUUAAAUCUUUCGUUGUCAAAUAGAGGAUUUAAAGCAGUUUAUGGCUUGCUUCUGUUUCAGUAUUUCAUCUUGACAAUCAUUUGCAUUCAUUACUACUGUCCAUUAUCUCAGAAUGGUGUAUUUCUGUUCAGUUCUCUUGGAAACAAAAAAUAAAUCAGCUGUAAAUGUG